ACCACACCCCCAACCAGAGCCUUCCCUGCGCUGUGGGCUCUGCUCUCGGGGGCAGCACACACCCUGGGGUCAGUCUGAGAGCGCUCUGGCUGCCACCGCUACUCUGGGGGUGUCUGGGACACAGGACGAUCCCAGGUAAUCCGGCUUGGCUGCACCAGAGAGGGGGUCCCAGGGGGAGGGCAUCGUCCUGACCCUCAGGACUGGAGGCCCUGGGAUGGCAACCCUGCUCAUGACCCCCGGCUUGGGGAGAGGUCUGUCCCCCCACCACCCCUGCCACAGUGAUAGGUGGGGUGCUUCAGGGGAUCUGUGGGUUGUCUUGCCUCCCCCGUCAACUGGAGCUUCCCUAAGGCAGAAGUGGUUUCCCCAUGUGAUCAGGGCCUCUCACAGGGUAUGGGCUGGGUAUCCCCCAUCAGACAGGGAGCGGGGGUGGUUUGGAACCUGGCACAUCCGACCUGGAGCACCGCCCCCCGCCCCAAGCCCCGUGUUCAUCUCCUCCUUAACCGUACCCGGUGCUCAGCCUCGGCAUCUGCUGGUGGCUCCCAGUGGAGCAAUGGACCAGCUGCCCUAGCUGAGCCAAAGCUGCUCUAGAUAAAGCACCCCCACCUCCUCCCCUCCUGGCCUUCAGCCCCAAGCUGGGAUCCGGCCCCCCAGCCCUGGCUGCAUGGACCUCCACCUGUCAGGUGUGCUUUUUCAGGAAUGGGGGAGGGCCGGGUGCCAUGAAGCCAGUGCGGGUUGUCACACUUUGGUGGGUGCUACUGCUGGAGUCCAGGCUGGGGGCCACCAGGAAGGGAUCCCCAGAAGAGGCCUCCUUCUACUAUGGAACCUUCCCACUUGACUUCUCCUGGGGCGUGGGCAGUUCCGCCUUCCAGACGGAGGGAGCCUGGGACCAGGAUGGGAAAGGGCCCAGCAUCUGGGAUGCCUUCACUCACAGUGGGAAGGGCAAGGUGCUUGGGGAUGAGACAGCAGAUGUGGCUUGUGAUGGUUACUACAAGGUGCAGGAGGACAUCAUCCUGCUCAGGGAGCUGCAUGUGAACCACUACAGAUUCUCCCUGUCUUGGCCUCGGCUCCUACCCACCGGCGUCCGAGCUGACAAGGUGAACAAGAGGGGAAUCAAGUUCUACAGUGACUUCAUUGAUGCCCUCCUGAAGAGCAACAUCACCCCCAUCGUGACCUUGCACCACUGGGAUCUCCCACAGCUGCUCCAGGUCAAGUACGGCGGGUGGCAGAAUGUGAGCAUGAUCAGCUACUUCGGGGAUUAUGCCAAUCUGUGCUUUGAGGCCUUUGGGGACCGGGUGAAGCACUGGAUCACUUUCAGUGAUCCUCGGACAAUGGCAGAGAAAGGCUAUGAGACGGGCCGCCACGCUCCAGGCUUGCAGCUCCCUGGCACAGGCCUGUACAAGGCAGCGCACCACAUCAUUAAGGCCCACGCCCAAGCCUGGCAUUCCUACAACAGGACGUGGCGCGGCAAGCAGCAAGGUCUGGUGGGGAUCUCAUUAAACUGCGACUGGGGGGAACCCGUGGACAUGAGUAGACCCAAGGACAUAGAAGCUGCCGAAAGAUACCUACAGUUCUGCCUGGGCUGGUUUGCCAACCCCAUCUACGCCGGAGACUACCCUCAAGUCAUGAAGGACCGGAUCGGGAAAAAGAGUGCAGAGCAAGGCCUGGAUAUGUCAAGGUUACCAGUGUUCUCACUCCAGGAAAAAAGCUACAUUAAAGGCACAUCUGAUUUCUUGGGAUUAGGCCAUUUUACUACUCGGUACAUCACAGAAAGGAAAUACCCCUCCCGCCAGGGGCCCAGCUACCAGAAUGAUCGUGACUUAGUAGAACUGGUUGACCCAAACUGGCCCGAUCCGGGGUCUAAGUGGCUCUAUUCUGUGCCAUGGGGCUUUAGGAGGCUCCUCCACUUUGCUCAGACUCAAUACGGCAAUCCUCCCAUCUAUGUGACAGAAAACGGCGCGUCUCAAAUAUUACACUGCAUGCAGUUAUGUGAUGAAUGGAGAAUUCAGUACCUUAAGGGCUACAUAAAUGAAAUGCUGAAAGCUAUAAAAGAUGGUGCUAAUAUAAAAGGGUAUACUUCCUGGUCUUUGUUGGAUAAGUUUGAAUGGGAGAAAGGAUACUCAGAUAGAUACGGAUUCUACUACGUCGAAUUUAACAACAGAAAUAAGCCGCGCUACCCAAAGGCGUCAGUUCAAUAUUACAAGAAGAUUAUCACUGCCAAUGGGUUUCCCAGCCCAAGAGAGGUGGAGAGUUGGUACCUCAAAGCCUUGGAAACUUGUUCUAUCAACAACCAGAUGCUUGCUGCAGAGCCUCUGCUAAGUCACAUGCAGAUGGUGACAGAGAUUGUGGUACCUACAGUCUGCACCCUCUGUGUACUAAUCUCUGCAGUUCUCCUGAUGCUCCUCCUGCGAAGCCAGAGCUGAGACAGGAUUACCCAUUUUGUGGAUUCAUCUUUCAUCAAGAAUCUUCAGGAUCUUCCUCCUUUCUCUGCUUUGAAGGUUUAUAUACAUUUCUGUUUUCAGGCUCUGUGAUAAAUUUUUUUUUUCUUUGGUCUUGUGCUGGGAUUUAAAAAUCAGAAAAUAAAAGUAAGCAUAAAUGAAA